AUGAGUUCGCAAUCCGAGAUGCCUACAUUUUCGUACGCCCAAGCCGCCAAAGGCCUUGCCCCUGCACCAACCAAGGCGACAGUCGCGGAGUCGGACAAGGUCGACUCCAAAUCUGAGGACCAGAGCAAUACUCCCGUGACUACGGAUGCUUCGUCUACAACUUCGGAACCUCAAGUACCACGAGAUACCGAGAAGGAGACGCCAGAUGUUGCCAACGACUCUGAGUUCACGACAGUUACCAGCAAGCAGUCUGCGGCCAAGGCCAAGGCAGCCAACUCCAGGACAUCGUCUCCAAGCGCGGGCAACUCUGCAAAUGGAACGCAUCGGAAGAAGGACGAUGCCUCGAAUGUCACGAACGGCACUCCAGAAGCUGCGUCCGGCAGGAAGUCUCAAUCAGAUAAACAGGCAGAGAAGUCGGAGAAUGGAGGAGCAGAGGGCUCCAAAGACACAUCUGGGGAUUCCGAGAGCAGCGCACCUCCUAAGGAACUCAAGGCUGCUCCUAUUCCUACAGUGAACAUCUGGCAGCAGAGGAAGGAGGCCCAAGAUGCCAAGGCCAAGACCACGCCGCCCGUCUCUGCUGCAAAGACUGGUUCCACGAAGUCUGCUACCGCAGAGGAUAGCCAGCAAGAUUCAACCAAGGCUAACCAGAAGAAGAAAUCGGAUGGUGCAUCGGAUGGUGCCAAGGACCGGAAAAAGGCAGAUAGCAAAUCGCGCGACGAUGGAUCUGCGAUGCCUCCGGUGGCAGACGCUACAUUAUGGCCCACCCCACAGGUCGCGCUGGGCGAAGAGAAGAAGAAGGCCCAAGAGAAGACCGAUAAGUCCGAGCAGACCAACAAAAGCCCCGUGAUGCGGACGCAUGGCAAGGAGAAGUGGACUCCUGUCCCAUACGUGCCAACUGCUGUUUUCAACACUCCUCUUCCCUCAGCUUCUGGUCGCAGAGGAGGAGGCUCCAAAGCUUCUCGAGGUGGAAGAGAAGGCGGUCGCGGUGGGUCUCAUGCCGCUGGCGAGAAGUCCACCUCUGGACAAGGCGCUGCAGGGUCUGCGCCGAAGCAGACUUCUGGCGGAGAGCGAGGGAGACUCGAGUCUUCCACUGGUCGUGCAACAUCCCUUCCUGCGCAAUCGCGUCGAUCAACGAGCACCGAUGUUGUCCCGACAGGAGGCAAGGCCUCUCAGCCCGCGGAUAAAAGUCGUGGAGCCCGCGGUGGAGAGGAUGCAAACGCCGCAACCGGCAAGCAAGCAAAUGGCGGCGAGAGCGUGGCGCGCCCCCAGCGCGAAGGCAAGCCUUUCGCACGAAACCAAGCAGGCAGCGACCGCAACGCGAGAGGCACCCACCUGGCUGUGGACUCUCAGGCUGCGGCUCGCGCCAAUGAACGCCGCCUCGAGAACGGCUCCAAGUCAGCCGACUUCUACCGAGAAUCCGGGUUCGACUACAACCGAGAACGUGGCGACUCACGCGCUGAGCGUGGGGGUCGUGGCUCCAACCGUGGCCGUGGCGGGUAUCCAGCCUUUGGUAGCCAGAAUGCUCCGUUCGCUAAUGCGGCAGCCAUGCCCAACAAUUCCUUUGCUACACCCAAGCCCUUUGGCUUCAACGAGCGACAACGAUCACAACAGGGUCUUCCCAAUGGCGCACAACAACAAGGCAACCGGAUGCCAUUGCGAUCACCGUCGCUGCCGACCACUCCAGGCAUGUACGGUGUUUUCCCCUUCGAUGUUAACGCCAUGUACGGCUAUCAACCGGCGAACCCUGGAGCAAUGACUGCCAUGCCCUACCAGCAGCAGUACAUGGAGCCCUUCUCGCUCAUGAAUAUGCUCUCGAUGCAACUGGAGUACUACUUCUCCGUUGACAACAUGUGCAAGGACAUGUUCCUUCGCCGACAUAUGGAUGGCCAGGGCUUUGUGCCAUUGGGUGUGAUUGCCAGCUUCAAGCGGAUCAAGUCGCUAACCGAGGACUUUGAACUUCUUCGUAUCGUCUCUCGCCAGCUCCGAAACGUUGAGCACCAGGUCGGUGACGAUGGUGUUGAUCGGUUACGCCCGAGAGAGAGGUGGGCCCAGUGGAUUCUUCCUGUUGACCAGCGUGAUCCCGCCGCCCAGCAUGAAGGUGCGCCGCCUGCGAAGCAAAUCGGAAAGACCGAUGAGAACGUCCCAUUCAACCACCAUGUCGACGGCGCUCUCAACGGCUAUGGAGGACCACGCCAAUUCGUUCCCAAUGGUACCGCCUCCCGAGGCCCCAAGACCUCCCUGUCUACCGCGGCCCCGGAGUUCAUGCCGUCAGGGCCACCCUCCGCCCACAAUGAAAUUGCCAAUGUAGGAACCCCCACGGAUCCGUCUUUCUUUCAAGAUUGCAACUCUGCCCUGUCAACCGCUCUUGAUACCCUGGACGACUCAUAUGUUGACACUUUUGUUUCAGCGCGCGGACUAGACUUGCCCACCGACCGCCCUUCCUCGCCUCCCCCUCGGAACUACGGUAGACUCGACAGGGUAUGCUCAACCUCAUUUCCUGUCCCUAGGGAUUGUAGCCCAUGGUUGAUAACUUAUUAUAGUUUUGAUGCGCAAGACAGGCCUCAGCGACUUUCUAGUCCUAUCCCUGACUUGACUGAGAUGCCCUCGAAAAACAAAUCACAUCCGCCGUCCGAGAAGAGGCCGGACCACCAGUCUAAGAAUGCUCGCAAAUCUUCCGCCAAAGGGAGUCAGAAAUUCCGGAAACCUCAGUCACGGAAGGCCGAGAAGAAAGCUUCUAACAUGGGUCCUCCCUACCAUUCCUGGGCACGAUAUUUGGCACGCAGUUUCGAUUUGCAAUUGUACAAUGAUUUUAGGCGUUUAGCCCUUGAUGAACUUCUCACACGACACGCUGACUACGGGUUUAACGCUCUCCUGUCCUUCUACCAAUCCUGUCUCCUGAGCCAGCAGUCAAUCCAUGAGCAAGUGGUCCAGGAUAUGGCUCACCUGGCCCGAAGUGACGGCACUGGCCGGAUUGCGGAGCCUAUGCUGUCGACUGUGCUUGUGGCCAUCAACAGUGACCGAAUGACUCCAGGGAAUCGCAGCCUGACUGGCUACUACUUCAAUGUCCAGUUUGGCUACGGGGACUGGCAAGUGUGA